CUAUUUUCUGCUGCGCACCUUGCAUAGUUUGGUGAGAACAUGGCAACAACCCACGGUUUGACAGUUUUAGCACAUUCAUGCAUAAAACCACCAAGAAAUCCAAAAACCGGUCUCUCUUCAACAUGGCAUGAGAGAGCAAAUGCAUAUCACACGUUUGUAUUACAAAAUUCAGACACAGACUUUAAUGCAAACAGCAAAAAUCAAGAUGGUCAUGAUGACUUCGGUAGGUCUGUUCAUGUUUACACUAAUCCCGCGAUUGAUGAAAUUUCAUCACAACUUCAGGAUCUUGAUGACAACGAAUUUUAUCAAAAAUUGUUGAAAUUGAAAAAUGAGCAUAAAAAGACUUUAUAUUUAUGCGAGCAACUCUACAAGAAAAAAAUUUCGAGUGACAAACCACAGUCCAAUGGUUUACCACUUGAUGACGAGCCAAUAUCAUCAAAUGUGUAUUUAGAUGGGAGACAUGAAGAUGAAAAUGCAAGGGAUAGGUACAUUGAAAGGGAUGUUAUACAGACCACAGCUAGUAAACCACCAACUGGACGCCAGCAGUUCCAUACUUCUCCAAUGUCAAAAAAGGCAGGUUUCAGUACGAUGCCUCUACCUCGACCAAGCUCCGCACCAGUGUAUAGAAGGAGGGGGUCUCUUACAAAAAGCUUAGAAGAAGAAGUCUGGGCAAAAAUAGCGUCAGAGAGAGGUCAGCAACGUGAGAGAGCUGAUUCUGACGAUGAACUUAACACUGAGAGACUUUUGAGGACAUCCGAUGAUAUAGUGAGAUCGUCAGAUGAACCAGAGUUAGCAGCAGCAAUGACGCGUAUUGAGGACAUGUGGGAAAAUUUUUCAGUGGAGGACUAUGCUCCUAGGCAAGUAAAAGAAAGACCAUCAUCAGCAUCUGUCACACGAAGAGAAAAGGAAAAGGAAAAAGAGUGGAGACAUCGAAUAACUAUUCCAAAGCCUUUUAAAAUGACCCUUAGGGAAGCCAGCAAGGAGAAAACAAAAAGCAAACUCCAACUAGAGCAUGAACAAAAGCUCAUAGAGGAAAAAGUCAAAGAAGACCUUGAAUGUCAAAAGAAGUUCAAAGCACAGCCUGUUCCUGCUCACGUGUAUAUUCCUCUUUAUGAUGAAAUUAAUGAGAAGAAUGAGGCAAGAAAAAGAUACAUCAAGCAGUACAGUCAAGAACUUCUCAAAUCUCAAGAAAAACCUUUCAAGUUCCACACAAGAGAAAGGGAGGAUGAAAAGCAUGUUAGAACUUCAUCUGAACCUGUAGAGAGAGAUGUCCACACAUUCAAAGCCAGACCUGUUCCAGGAUAUUUAUAUGACUCUUCUAUUGAUGAUCAGUUGAAAGAAGAGGAGGAAUACCGCAAAAUUAGAAUCAAACUUAGAGCAGAAGAGAUGUACCGCAAGUCCCAAAUGCCAGAGAACAUGGAAAUGAGACAAAAGAUUAAAGACAUGAAGGCUAAAGAAAAGAAGAUAAAAAGCAAAAGAAAAAGCGCAUCAGCAAGCAAAGUGAAACACGAGGUUCCCGAUUAUGAGGAGCUUUACAGACAUUUUCAGAAGGAGCUGCUGAGAAGAAAGCAGGAGAGAGAAGGGACAGUGGUGAAACCAUUCAAACUGAGCACAGCAAGUACAACAAAAAGGGAGAGAAUCCUGGAGGACAUGAAGAGAGAUGAAGAGGUUCUCAAAGAAAACAGAUGGCCAUACAUGACACCCAGAACAACACCCAGGAAAAGUCUAGGCUACUUAUCAAAUUCCCUGGACUCUCUGCCAGCAUCUUCUACUAAAGCUACAGACUUGAGAACUGAAACUGUGAAGUGUAAAAAAGGGAUUUUAAAAGAUAGGGAACAGCAGGAAAUAGAGCAGGAUAGAAAGAGAAGAAUUAAUGAGAUGAGGUUAAGGAGAAGCAUCCAGGAGCGGACGGGAGCUGACUUACAACCAACUCUGGAGGAGACAACACUAAGGAAGCUCAGGUCUUGCAGAGAAGCUGAAAGAGAGAGGAUAGAACAAUAUGAGAAAGAGCUUGCAGAAAUGAAAGAGAGAGUUGAUAGAAGACCCCUAUUGGUAGAACAACAGUCACAGGUAAAUGCAAAGAAUGCCGUGAACAAAAAAUUUACAGCAACAUUAAGGAGUGUGGGUCUAGAUGAGGACUUUGUACAGACUCGUAGCUCCCAUGCGGGAAGUGUCCGAGAUGAUACUGCAGAUGAUUACGACGAUGACUUUGAUGCCAGCUACAGCAAAAGCCGUGAUGAGAGCCUACAAGCUGAAUCAUAGAAAAACCUCACCCUCAAAUUCUCCUCUCAAGUCAGCAAACUUAUCUCCCCUUGCAGGAUUUCUGUGAUUUUUCAAAUGAUUUUGUUCUCUGAUUUCCUUUGAUGUAGUGAUUUUAAAAUAUUCUGUAUUAAAUUAAUAGAAAAGUUAUAAAUAUGAAAUAAAUUAUCAUUCUUUUUAUUAUCAGAGAUAAAUAUACUAGUACAUGUACCAGAAAUUAAUAGCAUGUAGUUUUUUUCAGUUAAGUGUGAAGUACUGUGAACUUAUAUUUCAAAAAGAGACAGAAUUAAUAACUAAUCUGUGCAUAUUUAAUUCAGUUAAAAGAAUUUUUUUCAUUUGAUCACUAUAAAAUGCUUAAAGUACUAGUAAUAGUUAUGAAGGAUUAAUUAUUAUUGUAGUUUAGAGGAUUAAUAUUUUAGUAUACAUAUUUAUAACAGUAAUAUUCAGGCUAGUAUGAAGAAAAUUUAUAUUAUCAAAGAGGUUUAUGUUUACAGGUUCAUGGAUUUUGUUUAGUUAUUUUACAUAUAUAUUUAUUAUAAAGAAGAAUCAGGACAAAGAAUAUAUUACAAAGUUUUAUCCCAAUGUAUUACUGUAUACAGGGAAAUUUUCGCCCCUGUUUUAUUUUCGCCCCUUUCGUCCUAUCCUCUUUUGGUGAAUUUAAAAUGGGGUGAAUUCAAAGAAUACAGUAUAAUUUCUUAAACAAAACUAUGACUGGGCGAAUUUAAAACGGGAAAAAAUUGUUUUCAAGUGUGAAAGGGCAAAAAUAACAAGGGCCGAAAAUAACCCUGUAUACAGUACUUGUGUCCAUUGAUUAGCAUUUCCAUAAAUGACUCUCAAAGCAAUAUUUAAGGAGAAUGGACUUGUCAGCUUUAAACUGUUUGUUUAUGAGCUAUAUUUUACCACCUUAGUGUCCCAGCUGUUAUCAAAGGGCCAUUCCAAAUUUUUUUCUUUCUAUAUUUAGCAUCCACUUUAACAUCAAGAACCUAUCUUUCUAUAUGGGUAAGCACACAAAGCAGUAGGGGAAAAAACAAUAUUAAAACACAAUUAUAAAAAUUGUCUCUCUUUGAGAAUUUUUUUCACUGUGUACAUAUUGUAAUAUACAAUUAUCAGAACAAAUAAAAAUCACUAACAAAUCUUGAGAACAAAAGUUUAAAAGGAAUUAUGAUUGUAUAGAUGCUGGUCCCCGGGUAUAUUUGAUUUGAUGGAGUUUUUGGUGUAAAUGUGUUUUUUUUUAAUCAAUUUUCAAUUACCUCAAUAUAAAUUCUAUGAUGCUAAACAGAAGGAAAAAACUUGGAAAGGCCUAAUAUCACUCUUAAGUCCAUAGUUUUUUGAUAUUUUGAAUUUCCCUAGAUUGUAAAAAUGUAUUUAUUCACUGUUUGUUCAUAGCAUUUCCAUCCAUAUUUCACAAGUCAGUUUAAAUGAACAUGGGUUUGCAAGCCUAACAUGUAGUGGUGUUUGCCUAUUUAUUGAUCUUAAACAUUAUCCUUAAUUUUUUAUUGUACCAUUUACAGCUUUAAUUUUGCAGCUGGUCAUAAUUAUUUGUUUAUAUACAUGAAUGAUUCCUUUGUAAUAUACUGAGUACUUGCUUCAACAGUUUUAAGAUGAACAUUCAGUAUGCUCAGCCAUUUUUCAGCAUCCAGCACCCCAUGUUAAAUUUUUUGGAAGUCCAGCACUCAAGUAACAUUAGCCCUAUCUGGGCUUAAUUUUCAGGACAGAUACCCCUGGUACAUUUUAGGGAUGCAUAAUACAAAAGUCUCAAUUCUGAGAGCGUAUUGUCCAGAUGUGUUAUAUACACGUUUACCUUAUCAUAUGAACCUUACAGAACUUUCAUACAUUAAAAAACUUGACUAACUGAUAAACUGAGCUUUUCAAUACCGGUAUUUGAUUAUUUUUUCCUAUUUUUAAAUGUGAAAUUUUUUGGUCAAGCAAGCUUUAAAAUAAUGUUUGCUUGUCCUCUCCCAACUCAGGAUAUAAAAGUGGGUAGGUAGCUUUUUAGAAAUUUUAAAAAUCUCAAGAUCAAUACUGAAUUUUCAACAUUUAUUUUCUGGAAUGCAUAAAUGAAUAAUUGCAUUCUGGAGGUUAAAAAUUUUUUGAGGCAGGCCAUUUUAAACCAGUUGGUCAGAAGAGGGCAACCUAACAUUUUUUUUAAGAGAUGGCCUCCUUCAUUUUUUUUUUUUAAAUUUUAACUUGACUACAUGUUCUUUAUUACACAAUAUUCAUAAUUUAAUUCUCUAACAAAAACAUUAGAUUCAAUUCAAAACUGACAGAAAAAAAAUAUUUUGAAAACGUCGUCAUAAUUUAAAUCUACAGGCUUGCAUCCCAUUAAAAUGAGAUCUCAUCUUGUCACUGUGAUAAAACAUGUUUUGCAUCUUGUAAAAAUAAAAUGUUUAUAUAUCUGUUAUUGUACCUUGAUAUGUAGAAAAAGGACAUUGUUAGAAGUUCUUAAAAAUAAAAUUCAAAUUUUA